CUCUAGCCAUUUUGGGCUCCACGGAGCCCCCCGACCCGGGGCUCCGGAGCAGAGCCCAGGAGCGCCGCUUUGCCCCGCCGCUUCGCCCCCGUGAGCCUGCGGGGGCAUGUCGGCGUCGCCACGCAUCACCGACAGCAUAGUGGGCGCCCAGGUCAGGAUAGUGAAUACCUUCGGCGAGGAGAUCGAGGGCGAGCUCUUCUGUAUAGACGGCGGCUCCAGCUCGCUCGUUAUCUGCCAGCGAAAGGAGAACGGUACCGCCAACUACAAGUGGACCAAGCAGAGCAUUGUCCGCGAGGUCCACGUGCUGAGCUUGCCCGCCCCUGGGGGCGAGGAGCUGCUGCCGCACGUGGACAUCAAGCAGGCCGCUUCGCGAGCCGACAAGCUGGAGGCCGAGGAGCGCGAGCGGGUGAAGAGAUACGGGGUCGGCGUGUCCGAAAAGGCCCAGCAAGUGUUCGACGCUCUGGCCAAGACCAACGAGGCCGCGUGGGACGGACAGGACAUCUACCUGCAAGUGCUCGGGGUCAAGGUCACCCCGCCCUAUGACGACCCGAGGCGCUGCGUCACGGGCGGAAAGGACGAGGCCCGCGAGAGGGUGCAGAAGGUGCUGUCGAAGCUGCUGGAGCAGCUGGCGGCGAAGCGGCCCUGGCCGAAAUGAGCGGCAACGAGGGCACCAGCGCGCGCUCGCCGCGCCCGCGGGGGGCGGGUCGGCCCGUGCCCGAAGCGGCCGCCGCAGCGCCGAAUCUCCACGGACGUCAAGAGACCUCGGUAGACCUCCUCUAGAUUGGAGAUUGGUUAUGAGUCCGCAAGUCCGCCCGCAUUGUCGGA